AUGCAAACUCACGAAAGAAAUUUUAUACUCGGAUUAUCUGCUUCAUCUUUCAUUUCAGGAGUAAUCGGUUCCCUAUGGUAUACCAAACAUAAAGUUAAAUCUUUGUCUGAAGAAUUUUCUCCCUCAACGUCGAUUCCAUUAACUCAUGUAGAAAAAGUCACUAAAUAUAGGCAGGCGACAUUGUAUUCCCUACAGGCUUUUACGGUUGGUACCAUUCUUUGCAUUUCGGUUGGUGGUUUAUGCGCGAUUGGCAUUGGUACUUUACUUGGAGUUAGUAAUAUUCGGGAGUUUCAUGAAAAAAUGAAGGGUAUAAUUCCACGUUAUGUUCCUUCCUCACGCGAUUCAAUAAAAGAUACCAAACAAGAUGAAUUGAGUGAUUCUGAGCAGGAUGAAUUGAGAAUCUUACAAGAGGAAUGGCAAAAAUAUUUAUUAGAGAAAAAAUUAAAAUCAGAGGAAAAAAAGAAUCCAGAAAACAAAAAAUGGUGGCAGAAAUAG